CUUUUUUCGUGUGUAUUUUAGGGGAUAUUUUUCCUCUCUCAGCACUCAAGAGAUCACCUGGAUUGGGAAGAUAAUGAUGAUUCACUUGUCUGCACUGAUAAGAGGAAAGAAGAGUUGGAAUUGAUGAUCGUAGAGUGGAAUUUAGAAAGGAGAUUUGUGAAGAGAAGAACUGGGAGGCGGAGCGGGUGAUCGAAGGAGGAAGAGGAGGAGAGGAAGAGUAUGGGCUGCUCUUCUGUGUGGAUCUUUCUAUUGUCCCUGUCUCUGUCCCAUCAAAGAGUCACAGCACAAACUGAAGCAUGCAAGACGGUGGUACAGGCAGACAUAGUUUUUCUGGUGGAUGAGUCAUGGAGUGUGGGUCAGAACAGCUUCUCCGGUGUUAAAGGCUUCAUUUCAGCCAUCGUCUCCUCCUUCCAGGACAGUGUGGUGGGAGCUGAGGGGGUCCGCUUCGGCGUCACUGUCUUUGGGGAUGUCCCGAGGAUGCGGAUUGCUUUGACAGACUACAGUUCACUGGAGGAGGUGCUCAGAGCUAUCAGAGACCUGCCGUAUGAAGGUGGAUCCAGGAGGAUCGGCGAUGCCCUCCAGUUUCUGGUCGACCCUGUUUUCAGCCCUGCCAUCAGUCGAGAUCAUGCCCCAAAGAUUGCUGUGUUGAUCACAAACGGGCCUUCAGACGACCAUGUUGAUGCUGCAGCCAGAGCUGUAGCUGACAAUGGGAUUUCUCUCUUUGCAGUAGGUGUUAGGGGAGCUGAUCAAUCAGAGCUGAGGAAGGUUGUGUCGAAGCCACAUGAGGAGCACUUGUUGCUGGGCUCUGACUUCUCUUUUCUGGAAACCAUCCUUCCUAAACUGUCCCGCAGAGUGUGUUUUACAGCUUCUGAGCCACCGCGUCCUGUGAAAGCUUCCCAGCCUGCUGAAGAGCGUGUAGUGGGCCCUAGAGACCUGCAAGUCAGUGAGUUGGCCCAUAGCUCCCUCAGACUGACGUGGAGCCAGGCCACAGGUGACGUCACUGGAUAUCGCCUCCUGGUCACCCCUCUCACCUCCAAGGGACACCUAAUCCCCCCUCAGCAGAGACAGAUUGAUCUGAAGGCAGAUGUGAGCACAGCCCUGGUGACAGAGCUGAGCCCAAAAACAGACUAUUCCCUCACUGUCUAUGCCAUCUACCCCAGCCUCAUAGGAGACUCUGUGACAGUCACCGUUCAGACAACCCCUUUGCCCCAGGUGUCGAACUUCCGUGUUAUUGAGGAGGGUUUGUUCUCUCUGCGUCUGGGCUGGACACCACCUUUAGGGAAGCUCAGCGGAUUCAAGAUCUUCAUUCCAAGAUCCAACAGACCAGGAUUUACUUAUGAGCAGCUGCUUCCUGGAGACACCUCCUCUCAUGUGAUUGACAGCCUGGAGGAGGAUAAGAAGUACACCAUCAGUAUUUAUGCUGUUUACCCCCAGGGACCAAGCGAACCAGUUUCAAUAGUGGGCAAGACAUUAAAGCUGGUACCAGUUCAGCAGUUCCUGGUCCAAAACGCCACCACAGACACUGUCCAGGCGAGGUGGACUUCAGUUAAGGGCGCUACAGGAUACCGUCUGACAUGGUCGUCCCCAGAAGGUCACAUUGAGAACAUAAACCUCGGGGACACGUUUAACUUCUACAUGAUCCAGGGCCUCCACCCAGGCUCUGAAUACACCAUUACCAUCAACCCCAUCUUUGGUGACAUCGAGGGGCCUGUCACCACCACCAAAAUCAAGACACUGGAGAGCAGUGCAGUUCAGACCCUGAAGGUGUCUGCUGUGACCACCAGUACUGCUGUCGUCUCAUGGAACAGUGUCCCAGGAGCCACGGGAUACAGACUGGCCUGGGGACCCACCCCAGAGUUUGCUGGUCGGGACCGUCCCAGGCAGCUGGCUCUGAAUGGCAGUACCACAGAGUACCACCUGAAGAAUGUAGCCCAUGAUACGGAGUAUGUCCUGACUCUCUAUGUGCUGUUUGGAUCCGUGGUGGGGCCCGGUAUCACUGCUACCUUCAGAACUUCUCCUUUGGGUUAUGUGUCAAACUUCAAGGUGACAUCCUACACCAGUACCUCCAUAGAUGUAGAGUGGAGUCCCAUUGUAGGAGCCACUGAGUAUAAACUCUCUUGGAACACAGAUGAUAGCAGACCACAGUCCCGUUACCUGGAUCACAGUGUUCUCUUCCACCGUAUCGAAGACCUGAACCCACAGUCCACUUACACGAUCAGCAUCUGUGCAGUAUACGGCAACUCAGAAGGACCAGAAAUCUCCUUAUCUCAGCUUACAGCUGCUAUCUCAGACUCAGAGCCAAUCCAGGCAGUGAAGGGGGUUAAGGUUGUGGACAUUGGUGUCAACUCCUUCACCUUGUCCUGGAGGAAAACACCAGGGGCAUCUGGGUACAAAAUAUCCUGGGUCCCCUUCCUGGGGGGUGAUGAAAAGUCCCAAGUGGUAUCUGCUGCCUCCACUACCUUCACCAUCCACAACCUGCGGGAGAGCUCAGCUUAUAAAAUCCAGGUGUCGUCUAUGGUGGCCAACAGGGAGGGAAGCCCAGUUCUGGUCACUGCGCGCACCUUGGAUCUUCCAAAAGUGAAUGGCUUUGCUGCUCUGAACACUACAGACAGCAGCACAGUCCUGAACUGGACACGAGUAGCAGGCGUCUCUGGUUACCUUCUCUCCUGGAGGCACAUCUCAGUGUUGGAGACGAAAUCAGAGAUCCUGGGUCCUGGUUUCACGUCCUAUAAAAUCAGUGAUCUCCUGUUCGGCAGAACUUACAUUUUCACCAUUAGGCCUUUGUAUGGAGAAGUGGAGGGGCCUAUAAGCACUGUGUAUCAAAGAAUAUUGGGAGAGGAUCCUCCGGCGCUAACAGUCCAGUCUGUGCCAGCCACAGUGGCCCCCAGUUCCCCUCAUAUCACGACUGCCUCGCAGACUGCCUCCGUCACCAACACAACCAUUGCUCACACAGCCACCAGGGCCACCCGGCACCCCAUUGCUGUGCCACCAAUUAAAACCAUAACCACCAAGAAGCCUCCUGGUCAGCCGCGUGUCACUGAAGCUAAAGCAGCAGCCGUCACCUCCUUUCAAUUAACCACAUCCAGUGCAGAGAAAACAGAUCCACCACGACCAGUGUGUGGUAAGACCAAAGCAGACAUAGUGUUCUUAGUGGAUGAGUCCUCCAGCAUUGGCGUUAAUAACUUCAUCAAGAUGAAAGACUUCAUUUUCCGAGUCGCCACUUACUUCCCCAUCAUUGGUCCUCAGGGGACGCAGAUAGCUGUGGUUCAUUACAGUGAUGAGCCUCGAAUUGAAUUCCGUCUAAGUGACUUCAAAGACAGAAACUCUAUGCUCAGGGCGCUCAGAGCUCUACGUUACGGAGGGGGCAACACCAAAACAGGAAAAGGAAUCAGCUACGUUCUGCAGGAACUGUUCCAGGAGUCUCUUGGGAUGAGGCAGGAUGUGGCGCAUGUUCUGGUUCUGAUUACAGACGGCAGAGCCCAGGACAAUGUGGUUCCACCCUCCAGAAUUGCCCGUGCGCUCGGUGUCAGUGUUUUGGCAGUGGGAGUUUCUAAUGCAGACGUCGAUGAGCUGAAUAAAAUAGCAGCUCCCACCAGCUACAAGAAUAUCUUCUACUCACCAACCUUUGAUGACUUUCCUUCCAUAGAGAGAGAAUUUAUCAACAGCAUCUGUAGUGAGGAGCUCCUCUCCGAGUUUAAAGUACAUGACAAGUUUGCUCAGUUGGACACUCCGACUGGUGACCCAGAGGAGCUGCUGAAGCCUCAGGGCCCCUGCCCCUGUGUGAAGGGCCAGAAGGGUGAAAAGGGGGAUGGUUUUGGUCUUGGAGGUCUGAGAUUUAGGCAAAGCCCUGGACAGUAUGAUCCUUUCACUUCUUCCAAAGGAGAGAAAGGAGAGAAGGGACCUCCAGGAACAGAUGGUGUUCCUGGGUUGCCUGGACGACCGGGGAGAACUGGACCCCCGGGCUCUGCUGGCCAGCGGGGCCCACCAGGCAUCCCAGGUGACAUGGGUCCUCCAGGACUCACUGGUCCAAAGGGACAAAGAGGAGAAAGAGGAGAGCCUGGGUAUGUUAUAGCUGGCACAGACGCAAAUUUCGUCCCUGGACGAAAAGGGGAACCAGGAUCCUCAGGUCCCCAGGGACCUCCUGGUGUACCAGGGGUCAAUGGAGCUCCAGGCCUGCCCGGACAGCCAGGACCUCCAGGAUCACCAGGAUUGUCUGUGAAGGGAGAUCCCGGUGAACUGGGAGCAAAAGGUUUGCGUGGGAAGCAGGGCGUGAAGGGAGACAAAGGAGAGCCAGGAAAAGAUGGUAUUGCAGGUUUGCCUGGUCCCAUUGGCUUAGAUGGGGUGUCAGGAUUACCAGGUCAGAAAGGAGAGAAGGGUGAAGAAGGAAUUGGCAUACAAGGUAUUCAAGGUCCUCGUGGAGAGCCAGGAGAGAAGGGAAAUAUUGGCUUUACGGGACCAGUUGGCCCAAAGGGUGAUCGUGGAGAACAGGGCAUCCAAGGAAUCAUUGGACCUCGGGGAAAGAAGGGAUUCAAAGGGGAGCAAGGGGACAAGGGUGAACAAGGAGAGAUGGGACCAAUUGGACCACAAGGACCCACAGGAUUCACAGGGCCGAUGGGGUUGAAAGGAGACGAGGGUCCAAGAGGAGCACCUGGAGAUCCUGCCAAGGGUAUACUUGGUCCAACUGGAAAAAAGGGAGCCAGGGGAGACAUCGGUCCAGUCGGCCCCACAGGUCCUCAGGGAAUAAAAGGUGAACGAGGAGACAAAGGAGAUAAGGGCAGUCCUGGUUUUGGGAUUCCAGGACAGCCGGGACCAAAAGGAGAGAAUGGCGAGAGGGGAAAUGUUGGUUUGUCUGGAAAACCAGGACCAAAGGGUCAUGAUGGCUCUAAAGGUGACAAAGGGACUAUUGGGUUACCCGGCAAUCCUGGAGAACCAGGACUAAGAGGUAAAGAUGGUGCACCUGGAACUAAAGGGGACCCAGGGAUUAAGGGUGAACCAGGAUCACCGGGAGAAUCUGGUGACAGAGGAAUCAGGGGUCCGCUGGGGUUACCAGGACGACCAGGGGACCCAGGAGAGAAAGGAGAUUCUGGGAAUCCUGGGCUGCCAGGUACUGAUGGAAAGAAAGGCGACAGAGGAGAACCAGGAAAACCUGGACCUCCGGGAACACAAAUUUUUUCAGACAACAACAACAUACUGACCAGGGUGAUUAAGGGUGAACCAGGAGAGCCUGGUCAGCCUGGUUUGAGAGGAGAAACAGGUCUGCCUGGACCAAGAGGUCCAGAAGGUAAACCAGGACUACCAGGACCAUCUCUGGGCGGUUCUGGAAGAGAUGGACUCGAUGGUGUACCUGGGAAACCAGGAGCGAAGGGUGAACAGGGGCAAAAGGGCGAGCCUGGUCCGAGGGGAGAAAAAGGAGACCAAGGGCGGGUUGGGAUUGCAGGAAUGCCUGGCUUACCGGGAACUCCAGGGAGACCUGGCGUUGAUGGGAAGAGGGGCCUGCCAGGAAAAGAUGGAGAAAGGGGACUAAAAGGAGAUGAUGGCAAAAAGGGGGACAAAGGAGACACAGGUGCAAAUGGUAAAGAUGGCAGUAAGGGGGAACCAGGACCCCCAGGUUUGCCUGGUAGGCAAGUGCUUGUCACAGCAGAGGGCGCCACAGUUGACGAAAUCCGACAAGCAUUUCCAAUCCCAAUGGGUCCUCCAGGAGCUACUGGUUCACCAGGCAUGAAGGGUGAUAGAGGAGAAAAAGGCCUGAAAGGAGAGAAGGGGGAUGCUGGAGCUCCUGGAAAAUCUAUUGAGAUGAAGGACAUUGAAUUAAUGUUUGAAGCCUACGGCAUAAGGCUGCCUCUGCUGAAGACUUUGAUUGACAGGCUGCUGCAGGAUGGAAUAGAGGAGCUGCUUCAUGUGCUUGGCACCACCAAGAAAACAAAAGAGAGCGCCGAAACUCACACCUCCAAUGUCAUCACUGAGUACACUAGUUCAGUGAAAUUUGACCUCACCAGCCAACCGCUGUCAGAGCUGGACACCACUGAAGACCCAGAUUUAGAUGGACAGUCUCCAGAAUCAGUGUCAGCUGAGCCUGUGAAUGAAACUGCAGAGGGUCCAACUUUAUGGACCAUCACCACAGUGAACGGAGAGCAGGGGCUCAACAUGACUGAGACCAAGUUGAUGGGAUCCACAGGGAAGAAGACCAUAGAUGGGGAUGGUGACGAAAUGUCUUCUCUCAAAAUCAAUCUGACUGUAGUCAGUUCUACUUUCAAUUAUACUACAGCCCAGGAGACGGUUUCAGGGUUACCUGAAACUGUGGUGGAGACAGUUCUCCUCACACAGGAAGAUUCUCUGAAGAAGAAUUCAGGACAAAAGAAGAAGAACAGGGAGCGUGGGAAGGGCAAAGGAAAUAAAGGACGACAUAAGAGGCAGAGACAACGCCUGACAAGUGAAGAGGACAAGCAAGAAGAAGAGGGAGACGAGGAGGAGUUUUAUAACGGUGAAGAGUACAGUUAUGAAUACGAGGAAGACCUUUCCCCAGGUGACCCCUCGCUCUCACAGAAGAGCAGAGACAACAAACAGCCUAAAGUCCAAACAUAUGAAUUCCCCCAUCCAGUGGAUGAAAAGGAGGAGCAGUUACCCACACACAGCCCUGUCCAGUUAGAGACAUUGGCAGACACCUCCAGUCGUCCUCUGACAUCUCUCUCUGACAGACAAACAGAUGCACAGACUGUCUUGACAACCACAGAGUCACUAUCUCAACCUAUGGAGGAUGUAGAAACGGAUGAAGUGUCACUGCCAACACCUCCCAUUACAACAGAAGAAGCAGACAAGGUGCCUCAAUCCCAAAUCAGGGUGAGAAGAGGCGUCCUCUGGCCUGAUUCCAUGGCGUUCAUGCCGGGUGCCCCGGGUGGAAGAAAUCGGUUCAUAGAGGCACAAAAACAUCUGUCCUCUGGAGCUCAAGGUUACAACAGCCUCAGUAAGAACCAAGAAAACUCUGAUCUUCAAAUGCACACCAGGAGGGAGAUGCAAGAAAGAAGAAAGAGACAGAGACACAGUGAGACAGAAAGAGAACCAGAGGGUGAAGGACAGACUAAAGCUGAAGAAGCUGAAGAGGGUGAAAUGGGAAAAAAGAAAGGAUUUGAGCCAGAUGGAUAUACAGAAACAGUCCCUGAUCCGGUUUAUGAUGAGGAGAGGAGUGGAGACUACGACUGGGAUCCUGAGGAGGAUGUAGAUCGAGAGAGGGAAGGGGAGGAGGAGGAAGAAGACCUGAAGAGGGAGAGAGAGAGGGAAAGGUUGGAGAUGGAGAGAGAGAGAGAGGAGCUGGUGAAGGAGAUGGAGGCCGAGCUGGAGCUGGAGAGAGAAAGACUGGAGAGGGAGAGGGAGAAGGAGAAGGAGCAGGAGAGGGAGGGGACAGAGCAGGAGGGGGAGAGAGAUGUGGAGAGGGAGAGAGAGGAGUGGGAGAGGAGGAGGAUGGAGAUGGAGAGGGGGAGAGAAGGGGUUUAUGAUGAAGAAACUGGACAGCCAUACCCGUAUCCUCCAGAGUAUUUUUUCCUGAAGGGCCAACCGGGGGAGAAUGGAAAACCAGGACGAAAGGGUGAAAUUGGUGAGAAGGGACAAAAGGGAGAGCCGGGCAUCGGCCACAGGGGUCCAGAAGGCCAGGCUGGUCCUCCAGGACAGAAGGGUGAACCGGGUGAGCCAGGGCCUCCAGGUGCUCAGGGAAUCCAGGGUAUCCGUGGUAACGCAGGCAUCCAAGGCUCCCCAGGCCUUAGGGGUCCUCCAGGGGAUGUGGGGGAGCCAGGCAGAGAGGGUGAAAGGGGCAAAAGGGGGAAGAAUGGAUUGCCUGGAGCUCCUGGACCUCGAGGAGCACCAGGACCUCACGGUCCUCCUGGUGUACCUGGAGUCAAAGGAGAAAAGGGUGACAGUAUUCCAGGAGAGCCUGGUGGGAGGGGCUUGGCUGGCUUCACAGGCAGAAGGGGUGAAAAAGGCUCUCCAGGUGUUAAAGGAGUUCCUGGACAUAUAGGUCCAAAAGGCUUGCGUGGCAGCAAAGGUGAAAAGGGAGAACGUGGGAUACCUGGAGUCAGAGGAGAAAGGGGAAGCGUGCUUCAAAUCCAAGGACCCCGUGGGUUUAAGGGUUCCAAAGGGGACGCGGGUGAGCGAGGACCACCAGGUUUUGAUGGCGACAAAGGAGAAAAGGGAGAGGAUGGUCCUCCUGGAGUCAAGGGUUUAAAGGGUGAUGCAGGCACCAAGGGUGCACUGGGACGGUUUGGAGCAAGAGGACCUGUAGGCCAAAAGGGAGAUCCAGGAGAGCCAGGACUCAAUGGAGUGAUGGGCCGCAAUGGGGAUCAUGGAGUGGAUGGGGCCAAAGGGGACAAAGGAGACAUAGGACUGCAAGGCCUAAAAGGCGAUCAGGGUGAUCCAGGAGAACCAGGCUUACCAGGAGAGAAAGGAGAGAAGGGAGAGAAGGGUUUCAGAGGUUUACCUGGACGCACUGGGAGUCCAGGCCUGGAUGGAGAUAAGGGAGAUAUGGGCUUACCCGGCACUUCUGGUAUACCUGGACUGAAUGGACUCACGGGGCGCAAGGGUGACAAGGGAGAAGGAGGGGUCAAUGGUGUUGAUGGUGAUCCAGGAGUGAAAGGGGAAAAGGGUGUAGCAGGUUUCCCAGGUUUCCCGGGUUUUAAGGGGUCAGCAGGGAGUCCAGGAAGGGAUGGAGAUGAGGGGCCACCAGGACCACCGGGUCUCCGUGGAGUCACUGGGCCUAAGGGGGAGAGGGGCAGAAGAGGCAGAAUGAAGCCGUGUCAGAGGGGAGCACCUGGGACACCAGGACAAAGAGGAGAGAGUGGUCUAGUGGGGAAUGGAGGAGCAAAGGGGGAGAAGGGAGAGCCUGGACUCUCAGCUGAAGAAGUGAAGGAGCUAGUCACCCAGGAGGUGACAGAAAAGUGUGGGGUGGAAUACAAGUUCAUGGUAAAGUCUGUGGAUCCAGAUGCAACAGCUACAGUGACUGAUAGUAAAAAUGAGCCUGAAGAUGUAGUGACAUCUCGUGACCUCCAUGAAGGGGUAGAAGGAGCAGGUGAACAAGUGGAAGAGGAAGAAUAUGGAGACAGGGUGGAAGAGAUGACCAGUCCUGUGCCUGCCAUCCUCGGAGAAGACAGGACGCUGCCAAACCGUACUGAUUCUCUCGUGGGAGGGACAGUGGAGUGGGGACGGAGAAAGAAAAGAAGGGUAUUUGGAACAAACACUGCUGUUGCAGCAGCAGACCGCUGUCUGGAGCCCAUGUCGGAAGGGGCCUGUACAGAGUAUGUUCUGCUCUGGUACUUCCACCCUCGCUCAGGGGAGUGCAGACCUUUUGUGUACGGGGGCUGUGGUGGCAACCGAAACCGAUUCUCCUCGAGACAAGAGUGCUUGAGCUGGUGUGGGAUGGAGAGGAGAGGCACCGAACCCUGGAGAUGAAGCGAGCAAGACAAGGCAUGGUGCUCUUUUGUACAUGAUUGUGUAAAAUGUUAUUAUUUUAUGUUUAAUAUUGCUUUUAUUUAUACAUUUUAAAAGCUGUUUCUUGAUUUGUUGUAUGGACAAAGUG